AUGGAGUCUAGAACAUUGAAGGACAUAUUGGAUGGUGACAACGAUGUCGAGAUCGAAGAAGCUGACGUGAAACAACCGGGAGAUUUAGCACAUUUAGAUGCUACUCAAGAAGAUGCCAAUGGAGAACAACCCAAUAAUUCAGAAUUAUGUGCAGAAUGUCAAGAUAUGAGAAUAGAAGUUGUUUGUAAUAGUUGUGAAGAAAAUUUCUGUGGUGGGUGUUUUAAUUUGAUACAUAAUGGUGGUAAAAGAAAAACCCAUGAUUCAAUUAAAUUGUACUCCGAACAAACCCCAGAUACCUCAAAUGGUGAUUCGAAAAAACAACCAACAAAGGAUGAAGAUGAUAAUCAAGAUGAUGAAGAUACUCAAGUCGAUGGGGAUGCCGCUCCGGUACCAGCUGAAACUUCCAUCAACAGAAGACUAGUGGAAAGUAUCAAGAAUCAAGUCAAAUAUAUCCCAUUAAGAUUAACCGCUGAAGAACGUCAUUUAUUACAUCUUUUAGAAGCCGCUCUAAGUGUUUCUCAAUACACUGAUAAAGUUGAUAUCGUAUCACACACUUCAAAAUCUAAGAGAAUCGUAUCACAAUUGAAAGAAAUGUGCUCUGUCUUAGCAGGUCUUGUUGUUGCAUCAAAUUUGAAAAGUGGUCAAAAUUUAAUUGAGAAUAAAAAUUUUGAAGAUAAUGCUGAUUGGUAUAAGACUGUUUUUGAAAUUGGUAGACGUUAUAAAAUUAUGAAUCCUGAAAGAAUGAGAGAAAAUUUCGGGAAAUUAUGUUAUAUGGUUAUGGAUUCAAGAUUACCAGAAAUUGAAUCACAUAUGGAAUUCCAUCUUUAUAAACCAAUUAAAACAGUUUAUAGUUAUCUAAGUUCUAGACCUGAAGAUCAAGGGAAAGCUUUAGGAUUAUUUGAUGAUGAAUUAAUUAUUUAUGCUACAGCUGAAAUUUCACCAGUAGGGAAAUCAAGACGUGAAGUUCAAAGAGAUAUUAAAAUCAAAGAAAAUUCAAUUGAAAAAUUAUCAUCAAAAUAUUCUUCAUUCAGAGGAGGUUUUUCAAAAGAAGAAAUUCGUCAAGUAUUAUAUUCAAUCGGUGAUUAUAAUGCUUAUACACAUAUGAAUCGUAAACCAAUUUUAAGAUUUAUUGAAAGAUUAAAUCAAUUUAAUGAAGAUGAUAUUAAAUCACAAUUUUCCAUUGGUAUUCAAUAUGGUAGAUCCGGAGCAAGAUUAACACAUGAUCAUGAUAGACAAUUCCAAUAUGUUUACCAAUCUUUAACUCUAUGGUCUAUUAUUCAAAGAGAAAUGAUCCGUCUUUGGUCAAUUGCAGAUGAUGAUAUGUUUGAUGGUAGAGCUUAUAAAUUAUCUUUUACAGGUCAAGGUUUACAUAGAGUUAAAGCAUGCCCGGCAUUAUACAAGGAAAUGUAUAGAAUUGUCGGAGAAUGUAAAUCAAGAUGUUCAAAUUGGAUUGGUUCAAGUGUGGUACAUCUUGGUGAUGAUGCAGUUCCAAAUGCAUUACAUUUCUUGGAUAAAUAUACUCAAGUUCCAAAUAUUUUAAUUCCAAUUGAUCAAUGUCUUUUGAAAAUUGAUGAAUUAAAUAAUGAUCCUUUCACAAAAAGAUAUAUUCAAGAUCAAUUUGGAAAUUCUGAAAAAUUAAAAUUAUCAAUCUUACAAGAUUGUUAUGCUCAUAUGUUUGAUGGUAGUGGUGCUGAUAAUUUUUACAUGUCUGGUUCAUGUAUAGAUGGUCGUUUAACAAGUGCUUGGAAUCAUACCAAUCAAAUCGCCAAAAAGCCAUACUAUAACAUAUUCUUGUUGACUGGAUUCAUUGGAUUCAACGGUUCAGAUGGUUUCUAA